CUUUAAUACUUUGAAAAUAUAGAUGCUGUAAGAUUCUUUGCGAGCCUUUCUAUUUUUCUUUCCAGUCAACGACUUGUUAAUCUUAAUGGUCUUUUUUGCCUUACCAACUGCUUUCUUUCCUGCCAUUUUAUCAAUAUUUUACUUAAUAAAAUUUAAUUUUCACUAAAACACGUCUGUUCUCUUCAAGAGCUGAUUUUGAAUUGAUAAAUUUCAUACAAAAUUAUGACAGUUACAAACACUUCAACAAGAAUUUGAAACGUGUUUGUUGGUGAAAAUGAGUAAAAGCAAUAGUGGCAAGAAAAAUCCAAUAAAGAAGGCUGGUCGCAAGGAUUUCGAGACUCGAUAUGAUCCAUUGUUUAAUACUUCAAAUAAAUCAAAAGAAAAGCUAGCAAGCAGCUUAACGCCAGAACAAGACCGACGUAAGACGAUUCACAGUGAAAUUCCAAAUAUAUUGAAGAGAAACAUUGCAGCACUAAGUGAAUCAACUGAAAGCAUUAAACUCACAGACUUUGGGAAGUCAUUUACAGCUGUUGAUGACAAAAGUCCUCCAAAAAAGAAGUCAAAGUCAUUGUUCGAUAAAUUACAGUAUGAUGACUCCCAAAACAUUGAAAUCGCACCUUCUGGAUUUGAAAAUAAACGUCUAAAGCACUUAAGAGAUGAAUUAAAGCCUCAAGUAAUGUUCAGUUCACCAUCAAUUUUGAAUGAAAAGCCGAGCAUUCCACGAUCACCAGAACAAAAAUUCCCAACUACAGCAUAUAAUGUGAAUUCAUCAGCUGUUGAUGAAUUUGAUAAGUUAAAACUUCUUGAAAAUCAAGUAAAUGUUUCAAAAGACAAUUCCAACGAAGAAAGAACCAUUAAUGAUAAUGGUAAGGAUGAAAAUACUUCAAAAGAUAAGAAAAAGAAGAAUUUGGGCGAGGAAAAAUCUGUUACUGAUACAAGCUCUUCAUCAUCACACUCGGCUAUCAUCAACAAUUCGACAAAGAUUGAUGAAAACAUCAUUAAGAACUAUCGAAAUAGUUUCAAGGGGUUUAGACGUAUGCUGAGCAGCAUUAAGAGUAUUAACGAUAAAAUUGUAGCAUUUCGUCAAGAGCUGUCUGAAGGCAUCAUUUGUGACUUUCCAAGUUCAAUAUAGCAUUAACAGUUAAACAAUUAAUUAUAAAAAUUAUUUUAAACAUACAUAUACAUAAAUAUCUAUAAAUGCUGUCCACAACAGGUAAUUAAAAAAGACUUACUGUCUUAAAGC